AGGAGCCGCCUGUGGCGUGCGCGUGGCCGCGGCCUGAAGAUGAACGGGGCUUCCAAGCCGUCUCCGCUCAAGCUGGAUGGGAAGACUGAGGCCUACAGAGAAAAGAAGCGGCCAAAGGUCCCUGAGCAGCCCACACCCCCCAUUCAGGAAGAGCCUGAGCCUGUUAGCAAUGUGCUACAAGGAGAUGAUAUUCUCGCCUUGGCCAUUAAGACAGAAGACCUGAAGAAGCAACACAUUCCUCGUCUUACGGAAACGGAAGACAAACCUGUCAUCACACAGAAAUUCAUCAUCCGAAAACUCAAACCCAAGGAUGCUCGCAGGAAGGUCUGCCGCUUAGUAGCGCAUCCUGCUAGUCCGGAUGUCAUCACCAAGCCCCUGGACUACUAUGGUCCAGGCAACAGCUUCGGGAGCAGUGACCAGAUCCUGCCGCACCAUAUCUUGGGGAGUCUCCAAGACUUUAAGAGGAUAGCAGUUGCUCGGGGGAAUACCCAGCUGGCUGAACUCAUCCACAGCCCGCCCUGUCUGUUGACCCUCAUCUCAGCUAAAGAAGAAUCGAAGCAGAAGACCCCAAAGGAAAAGAAGAGACUUCCCUGGGCCCCACCUCCCAAGCACAACUUUCUAAAAAACUGGCAGCAUCACCUAGCCCUGCGGAAGAGGCAGCAGGAAGCCCUCAGUGAACACCUGAAGAAGCCAGUCAGUGAGCUGCUGAUGCACACUGGGGAGACCUACAGACAGAUCCAGGAGGAGCGAGAAUGCAUUGACCGUUCACUUCCAACACAGCAUGAUGGGAAAGCCUAUGAGGAGCCCGGUGGGUUCUGGGCGCCGCUGGAAUACCUGGGCAAUGAGAUGACAGGUCUGCUCAUGACCAAGACAAAAACGCAGCGUGGCCUGGUGGAACCAGUCACACACAUCAGGAAGCCCCGCUGCAUCCAGGUGGAGACAGGGUUGCUGGCCCAGAGGGAUGCUUGGUACCGCUACACCUGGGACCGAAGUGUGUUUCUGGUCUACCGGCGCAAGGAGCUGCGGGGCCUCCCGGCGGAGCGAGGGCUGAGCCAGCAGGACACCGAUGGCCUGGAGGUGGUGGGCAGAGGGCAGCUCUCCUCGGCUGUGGCAGCAGAAGACAGCACAGCAUUUGAGAGGAGCCAGGAAAGCUCCUCUGAAGACACGGUGCAUCUAGACUUACUGGCCAGUUACCCCGAUGCGGUCUCCAUGCCUAUUCUUGGCCCCUCUCUGCUGUUCUGUGGGAAGCCAGCUUGCUGGAUCAGAGGCAGCAACCCACAGGAUAAGAGGCAUGUCGGAAUCGGCGUGUGCCUGACCUUUGAGACCCUGGAAGGGGAGAAAACAUCUUCAGAACUGACCGUGGUCAACAAUGGCACGGUGGCCAUUUGGUAUGACUGGCGGCGGCGGCCCCAGCUGGACUCUUUCCAAGCCAUGAAGAGGAAUAGGGUGCAGCGGUUUUACUUUGACAACCGGGAAGGUGUGAUUCUGCCGGGAGAAACCAAGAACUUCAUCUUCUUCUUCAAGUCUUUGACUGCUGGGAUCUUCCGGGAAUCCUGGGAGUUCGGAACCCAUCCCACCCUCUUGGGAGGGGCUCUCCUGCAGGUCAAUCUCCAUGCCAUCUCCCUGGCCCAGGACAUUUUUAGAGACGAGAGGAAGUUACUGGAGAGAAAACUGGCCGCCCAGGAGGCGGUCAGCAUUGCCAAGAGCCUGUUGCCGGAGCUGCUGAUGGGAGUCUUGACCCCGGAGCCCACGCCGCUAGCUAUGGACACCUGUCUCACCGAGGAGGACUUGUUCCACCACCGGAAUCCUCGGUUGCAUUACCAGCACCAAGUGGUGCAAAGCCUGCACCGGCUGUGGCGCCAGUACAUGGUCCUGCUGCCCAAGGAGGCCUGGCCGAGCGAGGAGGAGCCCCUGGGCCCCAGGGCCCUGGUGACCGUGGUGCCGUCGUCCUAUCUGGAGAAGGCCCCGGGGAGCCAUGAGCGCCAUAAGGGCCCGGGCUUGGAUGCUCAGCGUCAAGAGACCAAGGCCUUCAGGGACAGCCGAGAUUCCGCCGGACCCCAGAAGACAGGUGCGGGGACCAAGAGUGCCCCGCAGAAGAGCAUCAUGGAGGAGAUCCUGGUGGAGGAGACGCUGGACGUAGACGGCACCCUGAGCUCCUGGGACCUGGAUGGCCUGGCCCUGCCCAAGUGGAACCUCUGCCUGGAGGACUUCAGGAAGGCAGCAAUGGCGCUCCCUGAGGAGACCCAGAGAGAGGACGCCCUGGUCAGGCUCAACAAGGCAGCCCUGGAGCUGUGCCAGGAGCAGAGGCCGGUGCAGUCCAACUUCCUGCACCAGAUGUGUCUGCAGCUGUGGCGAGUUGUGAUUGACAGCCUGGUGAGCCACUCCCUGUGGCUGAGGGCUCUGCUGGGCCUGCCUGAGAAGGAGACCGUCUAUUUGGAUGUGCUGGAAGAGCAAGAUCAAAAAUCAACCCCCGUCACGGAGGUGAAGGCAACCGUGGUGAGAGCUGGGAAGGAGGAGCGGAGAGGGGCAGCCCAGGAAAAGAAGCAGACGGGGCUCAGAGAGAAGGAGGACAAGAAAGGAGCCAAGAUGCCGGGGAAGGAGGACCGUGUCAACAGCAAGAAGCAGAAGGCAAAGGACGACAAGAAAAUGAUGAAAUCCUCCAGCCGGGACAGGCUUUCCUCUGAAGAAACUUCCCAUGACAGCACCACCCCCUCUCAAGAGCCCAUAGACCCCCUGGUCAUGGAGAAAUACACCCAGAGGCUCCACACGGAGGUUUGUGGGCUGCUGGACACCCUGGUGACCGACCUCAUGGCUCUGGCUGAUGAGCUCAGCUCCACGUGACAUGCCAAGCACGGUCUGCAUCGUGCAGCUGAGCGACCUUCUGGGAGAUUGGGUAGCGAAUCAAUAAAGAACCUUUGAG